AGCCACUUGCACGGUAGCACGCUAGCUAGCCGGGGCAGUGGACGAAAGAGCGGAGAGGAGAAACAAAGGCUGGUCAAUAUUGCGCGCUAGCUAACGUGGUAGGUCUGGUUAUAUUUUGUUGUUGUGUCAAUUCGGCCAUUUAAAAAAGGAAAUAAACAAAAGACCCACCAAGGGAUCAUGCAAAUAUUUGCAAAUAUUUAAAAUACAGCUGGCGAGCUACAGCAGUACUGUAGUAGGCUACGUCUAGAAUACUGAACCCAGAUAGAUAAUCGAUAACGGAAUGCAACAGACACAGUCUGAAAAAGGUCGAGGAUGGACCAGCCUCAAUGCAAAAUUUACAGCUAAAAAUUAAACACCAAAAGAGCGGCUACAACAUUUGGAAUAUAUCUAGCUAGCUAUUUUGCAAAGAAGGCGGAAGGACUCAGACGGAAUCCCGAACAACGGCAAUGACCAUGUGGACAACCCCACGGAUAUCUCCCUGGCUGCAAAUCGCCUCGCCUUGAUACGAGCUGUGAUGCGCCGCGGAACGGACGCCGCAGAAUCCAGAUUUAUAUUCUGACUUCACCGGUGCUGCUCGCCGCAUAUCUAAUCUCCGUAUCUUCUAAAUUAACCUCCUCUUCCCACCACACCACCAUUUUCAUUAUUCAGACUGAGAGGAAACGUCUGAGAUUAAUAAGGAUUAGUUCUCAGGGCACAGGUUGGGAGGAGUUGCUGGGGAAGACGUCAUUUAAGAGACUAGUGUUUAAAAUACUUUUUAAAAAGUAAAAUGUUUCAGUCCAGCAUCUAAAAUGCAUGUUCUCAGAACGAUUCAUCAAAACCAUUGACAAAUUUUUUAUAUGACCAUAGAAUGAACCCAUGACUCAAGCAUUCCAGUGGAACUCAAAAGGCAAGCAUUUACAGGAAGUGAAAUUUCCACCGCAUUUACUGUUGGCUGGAGUCAGAACAUUAUAAAGUCCAAUGGGUUUUAUAAUGUAGCCAUUUUGUUUUUUAAUGUCAAUUCUUGCAUUAAGACUCCCAUGUCUUAAAUAGCAUUUUUUUUUAGUCACAGAGUCACUGUGAUGCAGUGUAGUGUAGUUUGUACAUUGAUGUCAGUAUAUUACCGUUGCUGAGUGGGGGCGAACAGGAGGUUAGGUCCUCGAGUCUGUGGAGCUGAGCUUCAACGUCGUUAUCGAGACGCUUUGAGGGGCCAUGUGGGCCCUACUUGUCGCCGGGUCCGUCUUUUUCCCGGGCCUGUUCCUGCUGUCGAAGAACUGCCUCAGGCACACCCCGGCCCUGCGGUGGAGCGAAGGAGACGCGGUUAUCGUCUCUGCCAGACUGGUCUCUUCCAUCCAAGCCGUGAUGGCGUCUUCAGCCGGUUACAUCAUCGCGACGUCAUGUGACGACAUCGUGGAGGACCAGCACUGGCUGACCAGCUCCUACAUCCUCUUUGCUGUGCCCUACUUUGUAUAUGACAUCUACGCCAUGUUCAUGUGCUACUGGUACAAGCUGUGGGUCAAAGGUCACGAGGCCGACGUCAGCCCCAAGGCCCUGGGUACAGCGCUCUCCAGCUACCUGCGCCGGGAGUUCCUCAUGGUCCUGCACCAUGUCGUCAUGGUCACCGUCUGCUUCCCUGUCUCCGUGUUUUGGCGGCAGGGAAAAGGGGAUUAUUUCCAGGGAGUCAUGUUCCUGGCUGAGCUCAGCACUCCGUCCGUCUGUCUGGGAAAGAUCCUCAUUCAGUACAAACAGCAGCACACUCUCCUACACAAGGUGAACGGCGGUCUCAUGCUGGUCACCUUUUUUAUCUUUCGAGUCCUGCUCUUCCCUUAUCUCUACUACGCGUACAGCAGGUAUGCCUCUAUCCCGCUCUACAUGGUUCCCCUGUCCGUUCCCUGGCAGUGUAACCUGGGGGCCGCCCUGCUCAUGGCCCCUCAGCUCUACUGGUUCUGCCUGAUUUGCCGAGGGGCUUUCCGCCUGUUCACCGGCUCCUCCCGCUACCGCCGCCCGCCCCCCACCCCCUGCGCCGACUCGGACCGCAAGGACCCCCUGCCCCCCCCGGCCAACGGCUACAGCGCCCCGGAAACGAAGAGAGAGACCAACAGCCUCUGAGGAGGGCUGGGGGGAACUCCGGGAGGGGUGGGGGGGGAGCAGGGGCGGGGAUCUUGAAACCAAGGAGCGUCGGUUGGGAAGCCGUCAACUGAAACUCUGGGGCUUGUACUUUAGUGUAUUUUAACAUAAAAAAGACAAAAACUGGGGCCUGCACAGAAAGGGAUGGAGUAGGGCUUAGAGAAGCAGCCACACAGCAGGUAAGAGAGAUGUUUGGGGGGGGGUGGGGGUGGGAGAGACGGACGCCACUCGCUGUCACUGCCAGUCCUCAGUCGCCAUAGCAGGAGCGCUUCCGGCGGGAAGGGGACGGAACGGCGCGGUCGCAACGAGCCACGGAGGACUCGCUCGCCCCGAGGAUGAACCCGGCUUUCAGAGUGAAGGAGGGAGAGAGAGGGAAGGAGAGAGUGAGUGAGAGGGAGGGUGAGAGAGACAGACAGAGAGAGAGAGAGAGAGAGAGAGAGGUAGAGGGGAGGGAGAGAGAGAGGGAGGGAGGGAGAGAGAGAGGUAGAGGGGAGAGAGAGAGAGGUAGAGAGAGGGAGAAUGAAAGAGGGAGAGAGGUAGAGGGAAGGAGGAGUCUAGCCUGGCGCCAGAGGUGGGGGCUCUGCAGUAGUGGUGGCAUUGGCGGGAGAUGCCAAACACACAGCAGGCGGGUGGUGUAUGAAAUGCUAUCUGAGCGUUCUGAUCUUUCAGGUGCAGGAAUGUAUCAUACUGUAUAUCUUAGUAAAUAAUUGUAGAUAACCAGCUCAGCUUAUCAAAGAAUGAAAGCCCCAGCAUUUCAGCUGCAGUAAUUCAUGCUUAUUAUCUCCUGUUUACCCGCCGUUACCCAAACAACGCUGUUGACUCCCUGACAGCCAUGUGCUUCGGGAAGGAGAGGUCUCUGAUUCCGGAACAUUCUGCCUCGUCUGUCCUCUUUCUCUCUCGCACUGCUUUUCCCAGCGCCUAUUUUUUUAUUUAUUCCACAUAUUUAUCAUUUAUUUAUUUUUAUUUAUUUGCAAGGAAGGAGAACUUUCUUUAAUGUGACAAGUGUACAUAGUAAUUGAACUUUUUGGUCUCAUCUGUUACUUGUUUUUAUCCUUUUUAGGAUUUUAUUGAAUGUUAAAUUUUGUCAGUAUGUAUAUUUAUAUAUAUAUAUAUAUAUUUAUACAUACACUACAUGGCCAAAAGCAUGUGGG